AAGAGCUCCAUGCGCAAAAUUCGCUAAAAUAAGAUUUCUGCUAACAUAUGUAUGUGUACGGUAUUUGUAUUGUAAAUGGUUUUCUUUUUCUCUAUUUUCAUCAAUUUAUUAUCCAUGAAUCAUGGCAUGAAUCCGAAACAAACUAUUUAAAUCAUUUCGUUGUAGGUAUAACAACCAUGUCUCCCUUCAGCUUACUGAUUCUCUUCGUCGGACUUGUCACAGCAAACAAAGUUGAAAAGAAGCACAGUCGUUCCAAACGCGAUUUAAGUGAUCUCUGUGGAAUGUUGAGGACCCAGACUUGGUUGCCAUGUCAUCGUCUGGUAUCUUACGGCAAUUACUGCGGGCCUUUUAGAAAUCGAGGACCAGUUGUUGACAGUAUAGAUAGAUGUUGUUUUCAUCACGACACUUGCACCGAAAGCACCAGAAUGGCAUGUGGCAACCCAUUACUCGGGGUGAUACUGGGAUCGUACCGAUGGGUGUAUACACGAGUGGAUGGCAGAAUCCAUUGUACUGCAAACAACGGCCAUUGUGCAGGUUCUCAGUGCACAUGUGACAGCCAGUUUGCCAUGUGCCUAGGUGCUGUAACUCGAACAGGAACAAUGAACACACCAAGACCCAUGCCUCGUCCAAACCCAAUGACACCUGCGCCUGCACCCGCACUUACGCCCGCACCUACGCCUGCGCCGGCACCUGCACCUGCACCUAUGAUACCUUUGACAGAUGAACAAAUUACUGCUGCAAUACGUGGUAGAUUGCCUGGAAAUGGAUUAUUGCCUGGAAAUGGAUUAUUGCCUGGAAAUGGUAGAUUGCCUGGAAAUGGUAGAUUGCCUGGAAAUGGAUUAUUACCUGGAAAUGGAUUAUUACCUGGAAAUGGUAUAAUGCCUGGGAACGGUAUAAUGCCUGGGAACGGUGGAUUUCUUGGAGGAUUACUUUCAAGAUAAAAUCCUUGGGUUGUGUGUAUAGCUGUGAAAUGAAAUGAAGACGAAAUAGCACUAUGACGUUUGCCUCCAAAUCUCUAUCAAAUUAAAGUACCAGAGGAAAAAGUAAAUGGUAAAUGUUUAUACACAUUUGUUUUAUUUUAAUUCAAUUCAAACUGAAAUUAAUUAUUUUUUACAGACAGUGCACUUCAUUAUAUGGAACAGCUAUUAAGAUGGUACACACGAGAUGUACAAAAUAUCAUGUAUAUGUCGUCAUAAUGGUCACGCCAUAUUAAGUAUCUAAAAUCACACCUGUUUCUAGUUUGUGUAAAGAGAAUCACAGAUUAUCGUAAUGUACGUAUUUUGUUUACGUUUUUCCUGUUGUGCGCUAAAUAUGUUUAACAUUGGUUGUAAUAUUUUUCUUCGUGCUUGAGCGUCCAGUAAUUUGAUUAUUUGUUUUUCCACAUUUAGAUAAUUGCGACAUGUAUAUCUAUCAAAAACUUUUGAUUAUAUCUUGUUUUACAACGAUAUGUUAAUAGUAAAAUUGUAAAUAUAUAUUAUUUAUUGCUAUUUAGUGAAAUUUGUGGUGUACCUAAUUUAUGUCGUAAAAGAGCCGUUCAUGUUGUAGGCCUUACCUUUAUUACAUAUGUAUCAAAAAUUUGAAUCUGAAAAAUAUUAAUAAUAAACAUUCGGUAAUCCAA